GGUCGCUCGCUUCCCGGGAAGGCCGGUUCCCUUCGCCCGCCAUGGCGGUGGACGUGAGGCGGCUGGAGGGCCUGAGCCUCCACCAGCUGAACGAGCUGCUGGAGGACGAGGAGCAGCUCCAGAAUAUGGCCCUCGAGAUGGAGGAGGCCCAAAACGUUCAGCUUAGCAAGGACAUGACUCUCGCCAGCAACCGUAGCCUUGCAGAAGGCAACCUUUUGUACCAGCCAAAGCUCGAUGCUCUGAAGGCCACCCUGAUACAGAAGUAUCAAGAGCUGCAGGUUCUCUUCGAAUCACAUCAGAUAAAGAAGACCAAGCUUGACAGACAAUCCAGCAAUGCUUCCUUGGAAACGCUUUUAGCACUCCUCCAAGCAGAAGGGGCUAAGAUUGAAGAAGAUACUGAGAAUAUGGCUGAGAAGUUUCUGGAUGGUGAAAUCCCCCUGGACUCCUUCAUUGACGAGUAUCAGAACCAAAGGAAACUGGCCCACCUGCGGCGUGUGAAAAUUGAAAAACUCCAAGAAAUGGUGCUGAAGGGUCCGAGGCUCCUCCCGGUGCUACCUCAGCCCAGAGCCCCCGACACCACACCAGCACUUCAGACUUCAGAGGCAAACGCCCCUCCUUCUGUUAUGCCCCGCCGCAACCCACCUCCGCCGCCUGCAGUGUCUGCAGUCCCAGCCGGGCGCUUCCCGACCCCCUUCACAGCGGCAAGGAGUGCGACGCCUGCCCUCCCGUAUUCAGGCGUUCUGUACCCUCCCCUUCCUCCGAGAACAGGAAUUCCACCUCCGAGUCAAAUGCCCCAGCCAGGAUACCCAACGCCGUUUGCACAGCAGUACCCACCAGCGCUGCCCCAAAGACCACCAUCUCGCCUUCCGCCAAACCCCGGCUUUAUUCUACAGUGAAGAUGCCCAUCGUGUCCUGCCUCUUGUGUAUUGGUGCUGACCAUUUUUAAAAAUUCCAGAACCCUGGAGACAGCCUAAAUUGUGGCAAAUCUACUGUGCAUUGUGCGUAAAGUAGAAAAAAAAUUCAGGCUGGAAACUGGUGUGCCAACAUCAUUUUGGAGGGGUUUACUAUGAUUUUCUUAGUUUUCCUUUUAAAAAGGGGAAGAGCUGAACGGGGACAGUUGAAUUGUAUAAAUUAGGUGAAACAUUUCUAUUGUUCAUCAAGGCUGUCCAACUCCUAAGAGGAGAUUUCAGUCCAUGUGGAACACCUCCCACUUCCGAGGGGCUUGUUUCAUUUAACUCGUUAAUGGGGAAUGAGAGACUUCAGGCUAAUUCUACAGAAGACUCGCCGUUCUGAUAUCUCGACAGAAGCUGUUCCAUAUGCAUUCUCACUAUGAACCCGCAUUGAAAAGGGCCAGAUGGCAAUAGAUGCUGACUUGAUGUAGAAACUGUGUUUAUUAUUAUUAUUAUUAUUUUUUGUAGUUCAAAGUUGGCUAACCAUUUUGUUAGCACAUGAUGUGAGGGCAUGUCUCUUUCCAUGCUGAUGUCAUCCUGUUCAUUUCAUUGACUUGCUGCCAGUGCAGGGGGAUCCUUGCCUUUGUGUGUACAGACGUACCUAACUACGUACAUCCACCCUAGUAAGGCGAGGUCGACUUCUUUAACCAUGCUGCCCUCUAGAAAGCCUCAGGAUUUCCAGAAAUAAGUAAUGAAUGAAAAAUGAUUUCCCUGCUCUUGAUUGUGACCAGUAAUAUGCAAUUUGGGCUGUUGGAUCACUUCCCACAGCCUCCCUUU